AUAAUUAUUAUUAUUCUACAAUAUAAGAUAAAUAGCCAUGGGAGCAUUGUUGGCAGACUGUUAUUUAAGUUAUAUUGUGUUAGCUUUACAGUUUGGAGGAAGAACACCUGGAGCCUCAGUUAUUAAAUAAAACCUAUAAAAUAUUGAUUUAUAAUCAGCAGCCAGCAGAGGGAUCUGUUAAUGGAAUCUAUUACUGAAGCACAGAAUUACAGUCUGUCCUGGGAAAUGACCAAUUUGAGGCUAAUCAACAAGCCAUGCAUGCGCAGCGAGCCAAGGAGGAUGUAGGGGUUACCUGAACUCUGUGGACGUGUGCAUGCUCACUGUAACUUUGAGGAGAAGGUUUCCAUAAAGCUAAAGAUUGGCUGCUAUAGCACUGGACAGAUCAUAAACGUUCAAUAGUCAUGGGCAAGAAGCAUAAGAAACAUAGGUCGGAGUGGAGGUCCUACGAUGCAGAGUAUGAAGAUAAGCCCCUUCAAAAACCGUUAAAGCUGGUCCUUAAAGUGGGAGGAAGCGAAGUGACGGAACUCUCUGGGUCGGGACACGACUCAAGCUACUAUGACGAUCGGUCAGAUCACGAGCAACGUGACCGUCAUAAGGAAAAGAAGAAAAAAAAGAAAAAGAAAUCUGAAAAAGAGAAAGAUAAACAUUUGGAUGAUGAAGAGAGGAGCAGACGGAAGGAAGAGAAGAAAAGAAAGCGAGAAAAGGAACUCAAUGAUUCUCAUGGCGAAACAGAGUACUUUGAGCCAGGGAAAAAAGUUGAGGUUGAAUCCCCAAUGGAACGUCCAGUCAGAACGGGAAGUUCUGAAAACAGUCCAAUUCAGCAGCUCCUGGAAUAUUUCCUCAACCAGCUCCAACAGAAAGAUCCACAUGGGUUUUUUGCCUUUCCAGUCACUGAUCAAAUUGCCCCUGGCUAUUUCAUGAUCAUAAAGCAUCCUAUGGAUUUUAGCACUAUGAGAGAGAAAAUUACCACAAACGAAUACAAAUCGAUCACGGAGUUUAAGGCAGACUUUAAGCUCAUGUGUGAAAAUGCAAUGACUUACAACAGUCCAGAAACUGUAUACUACAAGCUAGCCAAGAAGCUUCUUCACACUGGCUUUAAAAUGAUGAGUAAACAGGCUGCUGUUUUAGGGGAUGAGGAAACACAAGUUGAGGAACUUGCUCCUGAGAACAUCGCACCGGUACCUGUUGAGACUACAAAGAAGCACAAAAAGCCAACAAAGGAAGUUAUAACGUGUAUAUUUGAGCCUGAAGGUAAUGCAUGUAGUUUAACAGACAGCACUGCUGAGGAACACGUUUUGGCUCUUGUUGAACAUGCAGCUGAUGAGGCACGGGAUAAGAUCAACCGAGAACUACCAAACUCCAAAAUUGGCUUCCUCAAAAAGAAUGCAGAUGGGACACUGCUCUAUUCCGUUGUCAACCCAGAUCCAGACAACGUAGAAGAAGAAACCCACCCAGUGGAUUUCAGCUCUCUCUCUAGCAAAUUAUUACCUAGUUUUACAACACUUGGGUUCAAAGAUGACCGUAGCCAUAAAGUCACAUUUCUUAACAGUGCGAGCACCUCGCUAUCUUUACAAAACAACACCCUCUUCACUGACCUAAAGCCAGAUGAAAUGGAGUUAAUGUAUGCUGGUUAUGGCGAUGAGACAGGAAUACAGUGUGCAUUGAGUCUUCAGGAGUUUGUGAAAGACUGUGGUGGUUAUGCAAAGAAGAUAGUAAAUGACCUCCUGGACCAGAUAACUGGAGGCGAUCACUCACAAACUAUUUAUCAAAUAAAACAGAGGAGUAGUCUCCAGGGACGACUUCCAGAAGAUAUAAAAAUGCCACUUGUAAUGAUCAAAGAGGAGCCUAGAAUGCAUCCACUAUGUCCAGAAUCUAACUCCAAGCACAUGAUGAUGGGAGACCCUUUGAGGGAUGGCAGCCACUCUGUCCCAGACUUUAUAGCUAUAAAGCAGUACUCUGAUAUGUCUCUUGAUAUGAUGAACAGUUUGGGUAAAGUCAAGAAAGAGCUUGACCACGAUGAUACUCAUUUAAAUUUAGAUGACACAGCCAAACUCUUGCAUGAGUUUCAUGAUGUACACCCAGAACGAAUUGGCUCUAGGUUAUCUUCUAAUAUAAUUUCUCUGUCCAACAAUUCCGAUCGGGACCAUCAUCAUCACCACCACCACCACCAUCUUGGAAGUCCUCAACUCAGCAUUGGGGAACAGCAAGACAUUCCUGACCCAUAUGAAUUCCUUGAAUCUCCAGACCCCGAUAGUACAAAUUAAAAUGUAUACAUUUUUGUAAAAUAAUUGUGCAUAUUUUCCUGAGCUUUUUUUUUAUUAUUUUUGUGACGCUGGAAUCAUUACAUUUUUCUAACAUUGCUAUAUGUAGGUUUCCCAAAUUAGGUAAGGGUAUUCCAGAAUGUUGUAAAAACAGCUCUGCGGAACUUAAUAAUGAUAAUUACUUAAAGUUCUAAGUAAGUUCAUUAAGUCACACAGUUUAUCUGUUCAGCUUGCUUUUUUUAUACUCCCUAACCAGGUUUGAGUUUUCUUGCUUUGAAGCAGCACUGUCACUUCUGUUCUUUCAGCGCAAUUCAAAAAACAAAACAAAACUCACCUCUGAUGCACCAAACUGUAAUGCCUCUGAUGUCUAACAGAGAAAUGCCAUAAGCAUGCACGGUUGUUAUUUUCUCAGUCAUUAUGGUACGUGUGUAUGCUGUGCAUCAGGCACUGCAAUGGUUAACUAAUUUACAUACUUUGCCAGCUAAGGCGUGUAAAUUAAAAUAUAAAUUAUUUGGGGGAAAAACUUAAAUUGAUUUUUAAUUCGCUAUUAGAUUGUGCCAAAAUCAUAGAAGUGACAGUUCUUCUUUAAGGCCUUCAGAAUCAACUAUUUGUAGAUAUUGGCUAUCUGUAUUAAAAGUGUACAGAUCGGCAAGUUGUAUGGUAUAUUUGUUUUAUAUAUCUUUCUUUUGUAAAAAAAAUAAAUAAAUCA